UCACUCGCUCUCCGGCUGCUGAUUGGCUGAGGAGACGCCGUAUGAGGAACUAGUGAGACAGAGAGGCGUGAACGUGAGCAGUGAACUUCAUACUAAUCUUCCUGGGAAACAAUGUCAGGCCGAAGAGUGGUGGUGUUCCUGUCAGCAGCAGAACUCGGUCCGGCCCUCGCCCAGCUGGUGGCCUCUCGAGCGGAGAAGGCCCUGAGUGGCGGUGCUGACUCCUUUUCUCUGGGUCUGUCUGGAGGAAGUCUAGUAAACAUUUUAAGUAAGGAGCUGCCUGCAGUACCGAACCUAGACUGCAGCCGGUGGCUGGUGGGGUUCUGCGAUGAGAGACUGGUUCCUUUUGACGAUCCUGAGAGCACGUAUGGUCUUUAUAAGAAUCAGUUGUUCUCAAAAAUCAACAUUCCUGAGGACAGAGUUUUGGCAAUAAACCCAUCCUUACCAGUGCAGGAGUGUGCAGAAGAUUACUCCAGCAAACUCAGUAAGGCAUUCGGUACAGAUCAAACACCUGUAUUUGAUAUGUUGCUGCUUGGCAUGGGACCUGAUGGACAUACCUGCUCACUCUUCCCAGACCAUCCUUUAUUGCAGGAAAGCCAGAAAACGGUGGCUCCAAUCAGUGACUCUCCCAAACCUCCCCCUCAGCGUGUGACCCUCACUCUGCCCACGGUGAACGCUGCACGCUGCGUGGUAUUUGUGUCCACUGGGGGCAGCAAAGCUACUGUGCUCAAGCAAGUAUUGGAGGGUGGAGAUGGCCCUUUAUUGCCUUCAGCCCUUGUCAAGCCAACCCAGGGUGAGCUGUUCUGGCUGGUAGAUGAACCAGCAGCAGCCUCCUUAACGCUGGAGGUGGAAAGACCAGGCCCUGGAGCUAAGUUAUAAACAUGUUAUAAACAAGGUAUUAUCUGCAGUGUCUUCACUGUUCAUUAAGAAAUUAUGAAGAAACAGUAGUUUAAUAACGCUAAUGUUACCUGAUGUUCAAGGAAGGUGUGUAUAUUAGUAGAUCUGAUCUGAUCCGAUACCUGUAAAUGGGAGCACAAAGUCUUGGAAUUAUUUCCAGAGAACAUGUUUACAUUCCUGUAUAUUCUCUCAGAAUGAGCUUGAAUAAAAUACACAAAAUUUC